AUUUAAGUUUUGCCCCGCCUUACUUUCUGCUUGUCACUUUACCCUUGCCUGGCUCCUGCGCCAGAAUAAAACCGAGACCUCGGAUCCCAGACCCGUGCUUGCUCCGUCUACCCUCGCGCAGGGACGUUGCUAGACCACCCUAGUGGAUCGUCCUGGGCUUGGCCGUGACCCGAGCCCCUGCCCUACCUCCGGGACCAUGACGUUCGCUGAGGCACCAGGGUCCCUGGAAACGUGCUUCUUAAUUGUAGCGCUCUUCGGGUUGUUGAUCUGCGUACUGCAGUGGAACAACGGGUUGCCCUACGGCCGCCACGCCAGAGCCAGAUUCGGCCCGCCUCUGCCGGCGAAGCUGGCGUGGAGCGUACAGGAGCUGCCGUGCUUGCUGGUGCCCCUCUACGUGGUCACUUGCACCCCGGCCCAGCGCCUCAGCCACUGGCCCAAUCGCAUCCUCCUGGCCCUCUUCAUCAUCCACUACUUGCAAAGGUCAUUAAUUUUCCCCUUUCUGAUUCGUGGAGGAAAGCCAGUACCAAUCACCAUAGUCUUGUUUGCAUUCACGUUCUGUACCUUUAAUGGAUACUUACAAAGCCAAUACUUGAGUAAUUACGCAGUAUACUCUGAUAACUGGGUAAAAGAUCCCCGUUUUGUCACAGGUUGUGCUAUAUGGCUAAUAGGAAUGUUAAUAAAUGUCUAUUCCGAUAAUAUCCUAAGAAACUUGAGAAAACCAGGAGAGACUGGGUACAAAAUACCAAGAGGAGGCUUGUUUGAAUAUGUUACUGGAGCCAAUUUUUCUGGAGAGGUGAUGGAAUGGUAUGGAUAUGCCCUUGCAAGCUGGUCCCCCGGAGGCAUUUCAUUUGCACUCUUUACAACCUGUAUUUUAACUGUCAGAGCAAAACAACAUCACAAGUGGUACCUGGAGAAAUUUGAAGACUAUCCAAAGUUAAGGAAAAUCAUAAUUCCAUUUUUAUAUUAAGCAUAUCAUCAAUGCAAUUUUCUUUAUAUCUUCAACUUCAAGGAUUUGGAUAAUUUUCUCUGGGAAAAAAUAUAUUACUAUCUUUAUUUUUCUCGAGUAAUAUUUCAAAGAAUCUUCUAAGAAAUUUUCCUGAGUAAAUUUACAGAAGUUUGAACAACAAUCCAGACAAAAUAGCAACACGUUCCUAGGGCCAAAUACAAAGGCUGCAAUUUCAGGCUGUCUGAGGUCUAAUUAUUUCUGAGGAUGCUGGUUUGCAAAGCUUCAUAUUGCAGCUUCACUUUGUGAGCUCUUCAAGAGAUGGCACUGAUUUUUUCCUUUCUUGUAUAACCAGUGCUUAGAGAUUAGAGUUAGCUGUGCUAAUAGCUCCUGGCACAUAAAUGUUUACUAACUAUGCCUGUGGCUUGGUAUUCAUAGAGGAAAUGGUACCAGAUAAAACAUUUUUCCUUUCUGGGUUUUUUUUUUAUUUGCAUACCAGAUCUCAAACUAUUCCACAAAAGAGUGAUUUUCAAAACACUUUGGUACUGGUUUAAAAAAAAUAGAUCAAACAUUGGAACGAAUUAGGUACACAACAUACAAAGCAAACGAGCCCAGUAAAUAGUAUUUAAUAAAUCUUUUCGUCCCUUCUUGAACUUGUUAACAGCUUCCCUCUUCCACCCUCUCAGCUGAGAACCUUGCCUCAUAUUUUAUUUAAAAAACAAUUGAGACAAUUUGCCAAGAGCUCCUUUUUCUCUUCUCCUCAUCUCAAAUUACUCAGAUACUUUUACCUUUGUCUCAAAUAAAGAGAUGGCCCUUCUCUUUGCCCAGACAAACCAAGUCACAUGCACAAAUGAUCCCAUUCCAUCCCGUCUCAUCCAGCAGAUUGCCACCUCUAUCAUCUUCAUUCUCUUACUCAAUUUCAUUGUCUCCUUGUCUACUGUUUGCUUUCCUGCUGCUUACAAAGAUAUCCAUGUCUGCUUCAUCCUCAAAAUAAAAACCCCAAAACAACCCUCAUUUGCUCCAUCCAUCCCCAUCUAGUUGUUGUCCUUUAUCCUUCUUUUUUUGCAUGGCCAUGCCCUUUGAGAAGGCCCCUGUAAGCAGAGAGUUACCUCCAAGUCCUCUCCUGCCACUAUCUUCUUAGCCAUCCGCAUUCUGGCUUCUGCCCUCAACAUUCAGUUGAAACUGCUCCCUCCAAAGUUACUAGUGCUCUCUUAAUUGCCAAAUCUUUCCUUUUCUC